CUUUAUUUAUUUUUUGUUUUUUAAUUACCCCCGUUUCCUUUUCACUUUUGCUAUGUGAACACACACACACACACACACAGUGACGCAGUGAGACUGUGAGAGAAUAAGAGGAAAAAAUGUGUGCGAAUGGGGGAAAAAAUGAAUGAAUGUUUGUAGGGUUUUGUAAUAAAAAUUGUGAGUCUUGGACAAGAAAUGAAGCUGACUCUGACUCUACUCUCCUAAUUUUGACUCAAAGACUCUGUCUUUUUCACUUCUUUUUUCCCACUUUUUUUUUUUUUUUCUUGCUUCAAUUCCGUGAACCUAACCUGGGGAUAAACCCUAGACCACUUUCCAUUUCUUGAAUUAGGCUGUGUUAACUGCCCGGAGUAUUCUGCUGUUGGGAUUUCCCUCAACAAUGCUCAAUUUUAUGUCCAUGCCAGCUUCACUUCACUGAAUUCAGGGAGGAAAAAAGGUAGUUGUGGGGAUGGAGAGGCAUGAUGAGUUGAUGCUGGCGUGCGUGCUUUCGGGUACGCUUUUCUCUGUUUUGGGCUCAGCUUCUUUCGCCAUACUCUGGGCAGUGAACUGGCGCCCAUGGCGCAUAUAUAGUUGGAUCUUCGCCCGAAAAUGGCCAGGAUUCUUACAAGGACCGCAUCUAGGAGUAUUAUGCAGCUUUCUGUCUUCUGCUGCUUGGAUAAUUGUCAUUUCUCCAGUUACAGUGCUAAUCUUAUGGGGAUGCUGGUUAAUUUUGAUACUUGGUCGGGACAUAAUUGGUUUAGCUGUCAUUAUGGCGGGUAUUGCUCUUCUUUUGGCAUUUUAUUCCAUAAUGCUUUGGUGGAGAACUCAAUGGCAAAGCUCAAGGGCAGUUGCAGUUCUGCUUCUCCUAGCUGUUGGUUUGCUAUGUGCAUACGAACUAUGUGCAGUGUAUGUUACGGCAGGUGCUAGAGCAUCCGAGCGCUAUUCACCUUCUGGAUUUUUCUUUGGUGUUUCAGCCAUUGCUCUGGCCAUUAACAUGCUUUUCAUUUGUAGAAUGGUUUUUAAUGGCAAUGGCUUGGAUGUUGAUGAAUAUGUGAGGAAGGCUUAUAAAUUUGCUUACUCUGAUUGUAUCGAAGUGGGCCCAGUUUCAUGCUUGCAGGAACCACCAAACCCGAAUGAGUUGUAUCCUCGACAAUCUAGUAGGGCCUCACAUCUUGGGCUGCUCUAUGUUGGCUCACUUGUCGUUCUUUUUGUAUAUUCUCUAUUGUAUGGUUUGACGGCUAAAGAGUCACACUGGCUUGGGGCUAUUACAUCUGCAGCUGUCAUCAUUCUCGAUUGGAACAUGGGAGCAUGUUUGUAUGGCUUUCGGCUUCUUAAAAGUCGGGUUGCAGUGCUUUUUGUUGCUGGAGCUUCUCGGGUCUUCCUGAUCUGCUUUGGAGUCCAUUACUGGUAUCUAGGACAUUGUGUGAGCUAUGCGGUUGUAGCUUCUGUUCUUCUGGGUGCUGCUGUUUCGCGGCAUUUUUCAGUAACAAAUCCUUUUGCAGCAAGAAGGGAUGCAUUGCAGAGCACUGUAAUUCGUCUAAGAGAAGGUUUCCGGAAAAAAGAGCAAAACAGUUCGUCCAGCUCUUCUGAUGCGUGUGGUUCAAGUAUCAAACGCAGUAGUAGUGCUGAUGCUGGUAACCUUGGGCACGGUGCAGCUCCUUGCGUCGGUGAUCCUAGUAAUUGGAAUAAUGUUGAGGGGAAUAAUAGUGAUAAAAGCAUAGAAAGUGGGCGGCCAAGUAUAGCAUUACACAGUAGUUCUUGCCGGUCAGCUGUUCAAGAACCUGAAGUAGGACUCCUCAAUGCCGAUAAAAACGUUGACUACAUUAAUUGUUUGGUAGCUUGUUCUAGUAGUGGCCUUGAAAGUCAGGGUUGUGAGUCUAGCACAUCAGUGUCUGCAAAUCAUCAGCAAGCUCUUGAGUUGAAUUUGGAUCUAUCUUUCCAGGAGAAGUUGAAUGAUCCAAGACUUGCAUCUAUGUUAAAAAGGAGAGCAGGACUCAGAGAACAAGAAAUCUCUAAUUUAUUGCAAAAUAAAGGAUUGGACCCUAAUUUUGCUAUGAUGCUGAAGGAUAAUGGGCUAGACCCAAGAAUCCUUGCUUUGCUUCAGAGAAGUAGCUUGGAUGCAGAUAGAGAUCAUCGUGACAACACAGAAGUGAGAAUUAAUGAUUCAAACAGUGUAAUUGGCAAUGUGCUGCUGCCUAAUCAAAUAUCAUUCUCAGAGGAACUCAGACGGAGAGGACUCGGAAAGUGGCUUCAUUUUUGUAGAAUAGUUUUGCACCACAUAGCCGGUACCCCGCAGCGAGCAUGGUUGCUGUUUAGUUUGGUGUUUAUCCUUGAAACUGUCAUUGUCGCUGUCUACCGGCCAAAACCAAUUAGUCUUAUAAAUGCUAGCCAUCAGCAGUUUGAGUUUGGCUGUGCGGUGCUCCUUUUGUCACCUGUUGUUUGCUCAAUCAUGGCGUUCCUUCGAUCUCUUCAAGCUGAAGAUUUGGUCAUGACUUCAAAACCUCGCAAGUACGGUUUCAUUGCUUGGAUGCUGAGUACUUGUGUGGGUUUGCUGCUUUCGUUCUUGAGCAAAUCAUCACUUCUUCUUGGACUGUCUUUGACUGUGCCUCUGAUGGUAGCAUGCCUCUCUGUCGCCAUUCCUAUAUGGGUUCGCAAUGGUUACCAGUUUUGGGUCUCAAGAAUUGAGAAUGUGGUUCCUGCUGGUCACCAUCACAUCCUGGGAAUGAAGGAGGGAGUUGUUCUUUGCAUCUGCAUUGUCUUAUUUUGUGGAUCGGUAUUAGCCCUUGGUGCUAUAGUUUCAGCAAAGCCUUUGGAUGUCUUAGGCUAUAAGCUGUUGUCUGGUGGACAAAACAGAGUUACGUCUCCUUAUGCUUCAUCUGUGUACCUGGGGUGGGCCAUGGCUUCUGCUAUUGCUCUAGUGGUCACUGGAUCACUUCCAAUAGUUUCUUGGUUUGCAACUUAUCGAUUUUCUCUAUCAUCAGCUAUCUGUGUUGGUAUCUUUGCUGCUGUCCUUGUUGUGUUUUGUGGUGCAUCCUAUCUGGAGGUUGUGAGUUCUCGGGAUGAUGGGGUUCCGACGAAGGCUGAUUUUCUUGCCGCUUUACUUCCGUUAAUUUGCAUUCCAGCUCUCUUAUCACUUUGUUCUGGGUUGCUUAAAUGGAAAGACGACAACUGGAAACUUACACGAGGUGCUUACACAUUCAUCUUCAUUGGGCUGCUUCUGUUACUCAGUGCAAUUUCGGCCAUUAUUGUUAUAAUUAAACCGUGGACGAUUGGGGCGUCGUUUCUCUUGGUUCUUCUUCUGAUUGUGUUGGCAAUUGGUGUCAUUCACUACUGGGCCACAAACAAUUUCUACCUGACUCGCAUUCAGAUGUUAUUUGUAUGUUUCCUUGCCUUCCUUUUGGCCUUGGCUGCAUUUCUUGUUGGAUGGUUUCGAGGGAAAGCUUUUGUUGGUGCCUCGGUUGGUUACUUCUCAUUUCUUUUCCUUUUGGCUGGAAGGGCAUUAACUGUGCUUCUUUCACCUCCUAUAGUGGUGUAUUCCCCUAGGGUUCUGCCCGUGUACGUUUAUGAUGCUCAUGCUGAUUGUGGAAAGAAUGUUAGUGGGGCAUUUCUUCUGCUUUAUGGAAUUGCACUUGCUAUCGAGGGCUGGGGCGUUGUUGCCAGCUUAAAGAUCCAUCCUCCCUUUGCUGGUGCUGCAGUAUCUGCUAUUACUCUUGUCGUGUCUUUUGGAUUUGCUGUUUCUCGACCCUGCCUAACUCUCGAGAUGGUGGAAGAUGCUGUCCAGUUUCUCAGUAAGGAAACUGUAGUUCAGGCAAUCGGACGUUCUGCUACCAAGACAAGGAACGCACUAUCUGGUACUUACUCUGCUCCACAGAGAUCGGCGAGUUCAGCUGCCCUUUUGGUUGGGGAUCCCACUGCAACACGGGAUAGGGCUGGGAAUUUUGUGCUCCCUAGGGCUGAUGUCAUGAAAUUAAGAGAUCGUCUCAGAAAUGAAGAGCUAGUUGCUGGAUCAUUCUUCGGUAGGCUAAGAAGCAGGAGGAUGCUGAGGCAUGACUCAGCCGGUGACAUCGGACACAGAAGAGAAAUGUGUGCUCAUGCCCGAAUUCUAGCUCUGGAGGAGGCAAUUGAUACGGAAUGGGUGUAUAUGUGGGACAAGUUCGGUGGCUAUCUACUUCUUCUGCUUGGUUUGACUGCUAAGGCUGAGCGAGUGCAGGAUGAGGUUCGUUUGAGACUUUUCCUCGAUAGUAUUGGUUUUUCAGAUUUAACUGCAAAGAAAAUCAAGAAAUGGCUGCCAGAAGAUCGUAGGCAAUUUGAGAUAAUACAGGAGAGUUAUAUAAGAGAAAAGGAGAUGGAAGAGGAAAUCUUAAUGCAGAGGCGUGAAGAGGAAGGUAGGGGUAAAGAAAGGAGGAAGGUUCUUCUGGAAAAGGAAGAACGGAAGUGGAAGGAGAUAGAGGCUAGUCUUAUGUCCUCAAUUCCAAACGCCGGUAGCAGGGAGGCAGCAGCCAUGGCAGUUGCUGUGCGUGCAGUUGGGGGUGAUUCUGUUCUGGAUGAUUCUUUUGCUCGCGAGAGAGUGGCAAAUAUUGCGCGUCGCAUACGAGCUGCGCAGUUAUCUCGACGAGCACUUCAGACAAAACUUGAUGGUGCUGUUUGUGUUCUUGAUGACGAACCCACAAGUAGCGGCAGACACUGUGGUGUGAUUGAUUCUAGCAUUUGUCAAAGCCGAAAAGUUACCUUUUCUCUUACUGUGAUGAUCCAGCCUGAGUCGGGGCCAAUUUGCCUUUUUGGAACUGAAUUUCAGAAGCAAUUGUGCUGGGAAAUUCUCGUGGCUGGUUCUGAACAAGGCAUUGAAGCUGGUCAAGUAGGGCUUAGAUUGAUUACAAAAGGUGAUAGACAAACCACCAUGGCUCGAGAGUGGAACAUUGGUGCUGCAAGUAUUGCAGAUGGGAGGUGGCAUAUUGUUACGGUCACGAUUGAUGCUGAUAUAGGCGAGGUGAGUUGCUAUCUAAAUGGUAAUUUUGAUGGCUACCAAACGGGGUUACCACUCUCUGUAGGAAGCAGCAUAUGGGAGGAAGGAACAGAAAUUUGGGUAGGCAUUAGACCACCUGUUGAUUUGGAUGCUUUUGGGAGGUCAGAUAGUGAAGGAGCUGAGUCCAAAAUGCAUAUAAUGGAUGUUUUCCUUUGGGGAAGAUGCUUGACUGAAGAUGAGAUUGCUUCCCUGCCUACUGCCAUGGGUUCUGCUGAUUACAAUGCAGUUGAUCUCCCGGAUGAUAAUUGGCAUUGGGGCGAUUCUCCUUCUAGGGUUGAUGAUUGGGACAGUGAUCCUGCAGACGUGGAUCUUUAUGACAGGGAUGAUGUAGAUUGGGAUGGCCAAUACUCAAGUGGCAGGAAGAGGAGAUCUGAUCGGGAAGGGUUUGUUGUGGACGUUGACUCCUUUACUCGGAGAUUGAGGAAACAUCGGACCGAGACACAGGAAGAAAUCAACCAGCGGAUGCUUUCGGUUGAACAAGCUGUCAAAGAAUCUCUCUUGGCCAGAGGAGAUACUCAUUUUACAGAUCAAGAGUUCCCUCCCAACAACCGCUCCUUGUUUGUUGAUCCUGAUAAUCCCCCUUCGAAGUUGCAGGUUGUCUCUAAUUGGAUGAGGCCCAGAGAAAUUGUAAGGGAGAAGCACCUGGAUUGUCAACCGUGCUUGUUUUCAGGAACUGCAAAUCCAUCAGAUGUUUGCCAGGGCCGAUUGGGUGAUUGUUGGUUUUUGAGUGCUGUUGCUGUCUUGGCGGAGGUAUCACAUGUAUCGAAAGUUAUAAUCACGCCAGAGUACAAUGAGGAAGGGGUCUAUACAGUUCGCUUCUGUAUACAGGGUGAAUGGGUUCCAGUUGUGGUUGAUGACUGGAUUCCGUGUGAAUCACCUGGUAAGCCUGCAUUUGCUACGAGCAAGAAGCUGAAUGAAUUAUGGGUCUCUAUAUUGGAAAAGGCGUAUGCAAAGCUUCAUGGGUCAUAUGAAGCAUUAGAAGGAGGGCUUGUUCAGGAUGCACUCGUGGAUCUUACUGGAGGUGCGGGUGAGGAGAUUGACAUGAGAAGUGCCGAAGCGCAGAUUGAUCUUGCAAGUGGAAGGUUGUGGUCUCAGUUAUUACGCUUUAAACAAGAGGGCUUCUUGUUAGGCGCAGGUAGCCCUUCUGGUUCAGAUGUUCACAUUUCAUCGAGUGGGAUUGUUCAAGGACACGCGUAUUCAAUAUUGCAGGUCAGAGAAGUGGAUGGCCACAAGCUUGUUCAGAUCCGAAAUCCUUGGGCAAGUGAGGUCGAAUGGAAUGGACCGUGGUCUGAUUCGUCACCAGAAUGGACUGAUAGGAUAAAACACAAGCUCAAACAUGUUCCCCAGGCAAAAGAUGGUAUAUUCUGGAUGUCUUGGCAAGACUUCCAGAUACACUUUAGAUCAAUAUAUGUUUGUCGUGUUUAUCCCCCAGAAAUGCGGUAUUCGGUCCAUGGUCAGUGGCGAGGAUAUACUGCUGGUGGCUGUCAGGAUUAUGACACGUGGCACCAAAACCCACAGUUCCGUUUAAGGGCUACUGGGCCUGAUGCAUCGUUUCCCAUACAUGUUUUCAUUACCUUAACUCAGGGCGUGAGCUUCUCAAGAACGACCGCAGGCUUCAGGAAUUACCAGUCUAGCCAUGACUCUAUGAUGUUCUAUAUUGGGAUGAGGAUCCUGAAGACACGUGGACGUCGUGCUGCUUAUAAUAUAUACUUGCAUGAAUCAGUUGGUGGCACAGAUUAUGUAAAUUCUCGGGAAAUAUCUUGUGAGAUGGUUCUUGAUCCCGAUCCUAAAGGUUACACUAUAGUCCCAACAACCAUACACCCAGGAGAAGAGGCGCCUUUUGUACUUUCGGUGUUUACAAAAGCUUCAGUAGUUCUUGAACCCUUAUAGCAUCACAUGUUGAGGGCUUGUAUGUGGUUCCUUUUUCCUUCCCUGAUAUCCCCUUUUAGAAAGAUUGGACUCCGGGUUUGUGCCUGUUGAUCAUCCCAGCUGGAAGGAGCAAUUCCAACUCGAGGUAGAUGACACGGUAAUUUUCUCUUUCUCAAAAACUUAUUCGAUACCAUAUUUUUGGAUUGUAAGCUUCUUUGUCAUCUUUUGCUCUUAGAUACUAGGAGUGUUAGGCAAAAAAAUAAAAAAAUAAAAAAUUAGGAGUUAAGAUGGAAGUAAAAAGUAUGGGAUAAAUCACGCCAUUAUUUUCUCAGCUUCUAGCUUUGGAUCACUUUGGUCAGUCGUCUUCUAAAUGUUCAACUGUAAUCCAACAGUUGCAGAUGGUUAUAAGAGUUGAAACUAUAGACGUUGCAACUAGCCAUUUUCGAGCAACCUUUGCUGUUUGAAAAUUUUAUUCAUUUUGAUCGCACAUGUUUAAUCUGGUGGAAAAUGAUUUUGACCAUUGCUUCGAAUAAAACCAAUUGAAUCAAAUUAUUGAAUGGGAGGGAUGGACAGGACUAAAUUGAAAUUCAGAAGAUGGAGGACCAAAACAGAAUUUUAAAGCCGAGGUUGAGGGCUCAAUUGCAUAUGCUGAAUUGAAAGAUGUGGGGAGGACUUAGUUGUUGUUACUGAGGGUUUUGUUUGCUCUUGUUUUGUUUGUUCUAGAUGUAUCUGCUGAAGUGUUUUGUGAUUAGGGAUUGCAGCUGGAUAAGAGUGGCUGUGCGAGGUGGUGAUGAUGGCAUCCUGGUGGGUUUUUGUCCUGGCUGGGGAUGUGGCUUUUGUGGAUUAAUCCUUAUGCCGUGUUGCAAGGUUCAAACUUGAUCUGGCAACUGGUAAAAUGGAGGGAGGGGUUCUUGAGGAGGGAUCAGAAAGGAAAAUGUAAAUGAGUAGCCUGUUGUAGGGAUAUGAAUAUAUAUAGAAUCUAAUCAUGUACAUUUGGAGUAGGGAAGGGGUUUUAACUUUUAACAUAUAGGAAAGCUAUUAGGUUAGAUUGCUGUUUGAAAAUGUAAUUUUAAUUUGCUGAAAAUAGGAGCUAAUUUGGGUGGGUGGUGUUUUUUUUUUUUUGUGUGUGUGUGUUUUUGGGAGGGGUGGGGACCACAGUUUUGGAACCGGGAGUUGAUUUGAUAGGUGAAAAGAGAAUUGUAAAUAUGUUAAAACCACUCUUGACUAUAUUAUGCAAUGGUGUUAUGAUUCUUUUCAUCGUUCUCUUGUUAUGGUGGUUUCCUUGUACAAAGCGGGGUUUCCUUGUGGAUAUGGAGGUAUUGUAGACAGUCUGCUUAAUAAUUUCUUCAUUCAGCUGUCAUCUGCUUCUUCUCAUUUAAAUUGAAUGUGAAUAUUUGGUGGGCUUCCAUCCAAUUUCUCUGAAUUUUUUUUACAUUUCAUGCAUCCGUGGGAUGCAAGGAACAUUAUUCGCAGCAUACAUACUCUUUUUUUGGCAAUUCUUUCAAUUCUCCUCCGGAAUCAUUUGGCUACUUCUCACCAAGAUUCCAGUUCUUCCCAUA